AUGUUGUUGUUCACGCCUCCGCUACUCCUGCUUGUAACUUUCUUGGCCACCGCCUCUGCUGCUACCCUCACGCCCAGACACGACUCCUCGUCACGAACGAAAAUCUCUUACGGGAAUUACACCGUCCCCUCGCGCUCCCACCACAAUGGCAUGCUGCACUUCCGCUCCGAAGCACCCCUCGCCCCGCCCUGCACCAACUGCGCCGUGACGUUCAUGCAAGCGGCGCUGGCGUACACGGGCGAUGGGCGCACGGCGGACGCGGCGACGGGGAUGUGGAUGCAUCAUGUGGUGUUUGUGAACACGGCGCGGGAGGACAGCGUGUGUGGCGGGGAGGAGAAGGAGAGGUUCUUCGCGAGCGGGAAUGAGCGGGGGGCGAUUGAUUUUGGGGAGAGUGAGGUGGGUGGGGCGGGGUAUUUUUUUGAGGACGGCGAUGAGGUUAUGUUUGGAGGGGAGCUGAUGAAUAUGGGUGAGGAGGAGGUCGAGGUGGAGGUUAGUGUGACUUGGGGGUUUGUCCAGGAACCUGAGGAGGAAGGGAUGAGGCGUGUCACGCCUUACUGGCUCGACAUCGGCGGCUGCGGAUCGAGCGAGAAACCCGCAGCGAACGAGUCGUAUUUCUCGUACGCUUCGCCGACGAUGACAUCUGACUUUGCGGGUAAAAUCGUCUUCAUUGGCACGCAUCUGCACGACGGAGGGGAGAAGUUGGAGGUUUUGAGGAAUGGGCAGGCGGUGUGUUCUUCCGUGCCGGAGUAUACAUCCGAGCACAUCAGCUCCAUGCCGUUCUGCGUCGACGCCGGCGAUGUGCGGAAGGGCGACGAGUGGCGCGUGAAAGCGGAUUACGAUACGUACAGCUAUGCGCCUAUGGUCAACGAGGACGGGAGCUUGGAGCCGGUUAUGGGGAUUGCGUUGGCGUACGUGCUCAAAUCCGACGACGACGACGUCUCCGCACCACAUAAGAGGAAAGGCAGAGGUAACGGAUGGGUCAUCGCCUUCUUCAUCCUCAUCGCGCUGGCGGUCAUGGGUGGGGUGGGGUACGUUCUCUGGAAUCGAAGACGAGUGGCUGUGUGGCCCAGAUGGGCUUCGGGGAGGGCGAGAGAGGGGAGAUAUAGUUCUUUGGAUGGGCCCGGGAGGGCUGAGGGGGAGGGGGAGGGGUUGGUAGGUGGGGAAGAGGAGGAGGAUGAGGAGAAUGUGUGGGCGAGACAGACCAGGGGGAGCGUGAGGCUUCCUGGGGGGAAUGGGCGGUUGUAG